CUACUACUACUACUACUACUUCACAUCACUAUCUUUGGUAUUUUCCUUUCUUGAAACCCCUCACUGAACCCCAUUAUCAACUCCAUCGCUGCCCACCACAACCCCACUACAUACUUCCUCACCUGCUAUGACUAAACUCAUCACAAUCUCUGUCAAUGGUCGACCAUCCCGGAUCACCCAAGAUAUCCUUAAGCGAACUGCCAUGCGUCGCAAACGGGAAGCUGAAAAGGCGCUCGUCCGAGCCCGCGACUCCCUAAAAGUGCUCCUGAAGGCCAAAUACCCUACACGACGACCCGUCGAGGUGGGUGACACGAACUCGGACACCGCACUUUUAUCCAAGGGCUACGUAUACGAGACUCCAUCAAACCGAAGGAGAGGAGGCGGACACGGAGCGCCAUUCCUACGGAGUCCCUUGGCAUACUGUCCAGUGGCAGCCGUCGAACCGGAAGUGCCGCAAGCUCCUUGGGUUAUCUUUGAAUCUCCUUCAUUUGGCAUUCUCGACAACUUAGAUAUGACCACCACCUCGGACUUCGCGACCAAUGUUCUCAACCUUUACAACCGAGCUCAAAACAUGACCGACGCACAACUAACUGAAGCGAUCGCGUCGGACGAAUGGUGGUCAGAAGUCGAGAGAUGCUGGAACCAGACAUUCAAGCCACAAGAACGCGAGGUUACUCCACUGCCUGAGUUCGAGACACUGCCUGAGUUCGAGGCACUGCCUGAGUUCGAGAUGACCGCUGAAGAAUUCCCACUCUUAUUCGAACUUCUCAAAGCCUAA